AUGCGGGCUCCCACGACGUUGCGGACUAUCAGGCUUGUCCAGCGGCGCGGCUUCGCGACGACGACGCCGCGGCUGGAGAGCUAUGGCUUCAUCGGGCUCGGACAGAUGGGUUACCAAAUGGCUAAGAACCUCCAGUCAAAGCUAAGUCCCAAGGAUGAGAUCCGCAUCUUCGACAUCAACAAAACCGCCGUCUCGAACCUGGCCGGAGAGAUGGAACAGUCGCAGGCCGGCGGCGCAAAGGUAGCCGUCGUCAGCACCGCGAGAGACGCCUCGACAGACGCUGACACCGUGAUCACCGUCCUCCCCGAGCCAUCUCACGUAAAAUCCGUCUACGCCUCCAUCCUCGCCGACCUCCCGCUUAGGAAGCGCAUCUUCAUAGACUGCUCCACCAUCGACCCCUCCUCCUCGCGCGAGGUCGCUGCCGCUGUGGCCGCCGCCCAGCCCGAGGGCCAAGGCGUCUUCGUCGACGCGCCCAUGUCGGGCGGCGUCGUCGGCGCCACGGCGGGCACCCUGACGUUCAUGCUCGGCUGCGACGCCGCGCACCUCGCGGCCGUCGAGCCCACGCUUCUGCGCAUGGGCCGCCGCGUGCUGCACUGCGGACCGCAGGGGACGGGUCUCUCGGCGAAGCUGGCCAACAACUACCUGCUCGCCAUCAACAACAUUGCGACGGCCGAGGCGAUGAACCUCGGCAUCCGGUGGGGGCUGGACCCCAAGGUGCUCGCCGGGGUGAUCAACGUCAGCACGGGCAAGUGCUGGCCCAGUGAGGUGAACAACCCCGUCGGGGGCGUCGUCGAGGGGAGCCCUGCGGGGCGGGACUACAAGGGCGGCUUCGGGAUCGGGCUGAUGCGCAAGGACCUCGGCCUGGCCGUCGUCGCGGCCGAAGAGGCGGGCGCGAAGCUGGAGCUGGCGGGCAAGGCGACCGAGGUGUAUGCCGCGGCCGAAGGGCGGGAGGACUGCAAGGGGCGAGACUUCUCUGUGGUGUACCGGUACUUGGGCGGCAAAGAGUGA